GGCAUCAGGAGCUAGCGGCGCGAGCCCGCGGUGCCCCCGUCCCCGGCUGGCUGCGGCGGGGGACGCCGCGCCGGGCCCGAUCACUCAGCUACUUUGAAAAUGUCUGAAAAUUCCAGUGACAGUGAUUCAUCUGGUGGCUGGACUGUCAUAAAUCAUGAGGGGUCUGAUAUAGAGACUGUGACCUCUGAAAAUGGAGGAACAAAUAGUAAUCUUGAGUUUGCGUCAGAAGAAUAUGCUACGUUGGUGGAGGAAGAAGAGCAACCAUUUGAUUUGAGAGCUGAAUGCAACAAAGAUGAUGUGGUGUCAAUGGUAGAAACUUCUCAUGCUGCCUUGGAGGAAACCCAGGCAGUUCCUGAGGCAAAGAAAGAAAGAUUGCCUGAUCACGGUUCCUGUAUUGGGGCUAUUAGUGAUGAUUCUGACAUUGUUACCCUUGAAACACCUAAAGUAGAAGAAAUUGGAACGCAGGAAGAAACUGCAGUUGUUGAUGAGGAAGCUCAAGGUUCAGAUGAUUUUAACAUGGGUUCUUCCUCCAGCAGCCAAUACACAUUCUGUCAACCAGAAACUGAAGGUUGGUGGGAGAAGCUGAGGAAGAUUCCAGAAUGUGUAAGGGGAUGGGGUGAUGACCUGAAAGAGCAUAUGUCUGGCAGCCUUCCUUUUCAAGUUUUUCCACCUCAGCCUAGUGAUGAUGAAUCAAGUAGCGACGAAACAAGCAAUCAAUCCAGUCCCACACUGAGAAGACGGCGUGCAAAGAAGAGGCUUGUCUCGAACUCUGAAUCUGAGGGCGGGACACCUAAUGAACAGGAAACUGAACCUCCCAAAGAACAGCAACACAAACGCCAAUUCAGUAGUGGCCUGAACAGGUGCAUUAUACUAGCUUUGGUGAUAGCAAUCAGCAUGGGAUUUGGACACUUCUAUGGUACAAUUCAGAUCCAAAAACGUCAACAAUUGGUAGAAAAGACACAUGAGGAUGAACUAAAUGGUAUGAAAGAUGACCUCUACCAGUGCCAACGAGAGCAAGGAGUUAAAGCAGACUAUAAGGUUGGGUCACUAAAACAAGACCUUGCGACAUGUCUGAUCUCUACUGAGGUAGAAAAGAAAUCAUUUGAAUCUCAGAAGAAAAGUCUUACGGCAGAAAACCAGCACUUAAGGGAAUCUCUGGAGAGGGAAGAAAAAGCUUUGGACUUGCUGCAGGAAGAGUUAAGGAAGCUGAGAGAACAAAUUAGAAACGUAGAAGAUAAAGGUACUAGUACAGAGUCAGUUGUCAUGGAAAAUAAAAAACUUAAGGUACAUUUGGAAGAGGAAAAACAAAAAAUACACAACUUUCUUAAGCAAAAGGAGACACUUUUUGCAGAAGCACAAAUGUUGAGGAGAGAACUAGACAAAGAACGUCAUAUAACUGAAGCUCUAAGAGAAGAACUGGAGCAGUUAAGUUCUCAUCAGACAUCCGACAACACAGACAUUGAUGAUACAUUGAGGAAGAACGAAGAAAUAGAAACUUUGCGGGGAAGACUAACAGAGCUGGAAAAGAAGCUAAACUUUGAACAACAACGCUCUGAUUUGUGGGAAAAACUGUAUGUUGAAGUGAAGGACCAAACUGAAAAACAGGAAACUAAUGAAAAAGGACAAGAGAAAAAUGGUAAAGGAACAAGUAAGAUCAAAAAGAAGUCCAAAGAAUCGUUUUUUGGCUCAGUUAAAGAAACUUUUGAUGCCAUGAAGAAUUCCACAAAGGAGUUUGUAAGACACCAUAAAGAAAAGAUUAAACAGGCUAAAGAAGCAGUGAAAGAAAACCUGAAAAAAUUUUCUGAUUCUGUGAAGUCCACGUUCAGACAUUUCAAAGACACAACUAAAAACAUCUUUGAUGAAAAGAAGAAGUCUGGUGAUAAAAGAUAUGAGGCAAACAGAAAAGGUAAAACUGUUUAUCGGGAAUAUAAUACUCAUGAGAAUCCUUCUAAGCAUACACACCAUAGAGGGCCUAGUAUGAAAAAAGAAUUCAGAGAAGGAAGAAAACAAAGAUCGACUCAUUUUACAUUUGAAAAAGAUACUAAUUCACAGAAAUGCAUCAAUAACCCAGAAUGUAACAGAAAACGUCACUCUGUCCUAAAGGGCUGCUCUGGUAUUUUUGAAUGUGCUCAUAAGGAAUUUAUUAGCCUGUUUAACAAAGUACUGGACCCUAUUAGGGCUGAAGAAUUUAAUCAGUUAAUGCAAAAAUACUUGCAGCAAGAAGUAGACAGUUUCCAUCACUGGAGAGAACUAGAGAAUUUCAUCAAUAAGUUUUUCCAUAAUGGGAUCUUUAUACAUGACCAGAUGCUGUUCACGGACUUCGUUAGUGAUGUUAAGGAUUAUCUUGAGGACAUAAAGGAGUACCAAAGUGACCAUGAAGGGAUGUUUGAGGAUUUGGAUAAAUACAUCUACACAUACUACUUUCAUUAUGAUAAUUCACCUCAGUAUGGACCCAGUCAACCUGCUAAAAGGCCUACUUUCACACAAUCUGAAAGUUCCAGACAUGAAAAACAAACUCAGAAGCAACACCAACGGAAUAAGAGAGAAGGUAAAUGGCAUAAACAUGGUCGCACUAAUGGAAGACACAUGGCAAAUCUUGAAAUAGAAUUGGGGCAAUUACCCUUUGAUCCAAAAUAUUAAGUAAUUUAUGUAUGGUAAAAUCAGGAAGAUACAAGUAGAUAAUUUCUAGUGGUUCCUCAAUGGAAACGAAUUGUUUUUCAACAAAACUGCAAGGUGCAAGUGUUUCUUUAUACAGAUUGAUUUUUACCCUGUUCAAAAGCAUCAAACUUCCUAACUCGCAUUUUCUCUAGUGUUACUUUACUGUUCUUUGGAAAUGAUUUUGGUUGUAGUUGUACUGUUAUGGAAACUAGGUAUGUUGUGACUUGUGUGAAAAAUAGGCUUAAUUGCAUUCCAUUAGUAUAGUUCAAAAUUGAAUCAUACAUAAUGUACAUGUAAUUAACAUGGUUUGGUGUACUAACUUCAUCUCAUCCUUUCAGAAAGUAGAUCUAAAUUAUGGCAAUGCAUCUGUUAAUAUUUUGUAAUCUUAUACUUGCUUCUUGUCUUUUUUGGGGGUUCAAGAGCCUGUUGACUUAUGAAGAAUUUGCUGUGCUGCAUUCUAAUCAGCUUGCUGACAUAUGCACUUGAAAUUUCUUGCACAUCUGCAUAUUGUGGAAGAAAAAUAAAGAGGCGUUGUGGGUAAAA